UAUACAAUUUAAAGCACAUUUCUGUUUAUGCACGUGAACCCGUCUAACGUUAUUGUUAUUUCGCAGUUAUAUAAAGUAGCAAAUUAUCGUUCCUGAAUAGGUGGCGCCGUGGUAGCCGAACCUGUUCCUCACUUUCCGGUUUCUGCACUGUGCAACUAUUUCAGUUACAUUUUUAAUUAACGAUGCCAAGUACUUGUUGUUGUGUACCUGGAUGUCAUUUAAGAGGAGGACAUGCAUUUCCAAAUGACUUGAAAAGAAGGAAAAGUUGGAUCAACGCCAUGGCCCAUACGCAGAUUGGACGAGAACACGAUGCAAUCGUGGAGUCCAUCUCAAUCAGCUGUUGUUUGCAAGGCACAUUUGACUGAAAAAGACUAUGGGCAGGAAACUAUUCAUGGGCGCAAACCCACCAUACAGAGACUUAAGUCUACUGCCAUUCCCAGCCUAUUUUCCUGGACCAAGCAAGAGACUGAAUCGUCCACAAAAAGAAAAAUCAGGGCAGUUCCCUGUGAAAACAAAAGAACUAAACUUGAUGAAUAUUGUAGUAGAAAUCUAGAGGAAAGUUUUGAUUGUAAAGUUGGUUUUCCUGAAGAAGUCAUUCAUACUGCAGAAAGGAUUUAUGACUGUCCACCACCAACUGCCGAGCUAAUGUUGAGCUUCACAGAUGGAAUUACGCAAACACCAUCAAUGCCUAUGUUUUCAGCAGAGAAUUUUGAAAUGAAGACGCGUGACACAGCCAUGCAUUUUUAUACCGGUUUAGAGUUGUAUACUAAAUUUUUAUUUGUUUUGAUCACACUUGGUCCAGCAGCACAUUGUUUGAGAUACAUAUAUUUUCAAAUUGAUAGGGUGUCAGUUGAAAAUCAGUUUUUUUAUGACUUUGAUGAAAUUGAGGCAUUAUACAACCAACUUUGAACUGUCUAGAUUCUAGAUUGAACUAGUGUUAAGAAUAUUGUGUAUACAUGGAUUGUUUUUAUGUCUAAACAGUGGUGUGAGGCUAACACUUGGCCAUCUAGUGGUUUAGUCAGGUAUUUUUCGCCAUCCAACUUUAGAUUAAAGUUUCCUACGACUUGGAUUAUUAUUGACAGCACAGAAUGUCCCGUGAUAAAACCUAAAGCUCCUAGAGCUCAGGCAACCUUUUCAUCAUAUAAAAACAAAAACACUGAAAAUACUUGUAUGUUCGACACCUGGUGGUUUAGUCAACUAUGU